AUGGAAAAGAAAAGGAUUGCAGUUGUGGGCAGCGGCAUCACCGGCAUUGGCGCUCUCUAUGCCCUUCGAGAUACCCCUCAUGAAGUGCACCUCUUUGAGGCCGCCGACCGCCUGGGCGGCCACACCAACACCGUGCAGUUCAGUUAUGAAGACCGCAAGACUCCAGUCGACACCGGCUUCAUUGUGCUUAACACUGCCACUUACCCAAACUUCAUCGCAUUCCUCAAGGACAUCAACGUUGAGACGGUGGAAACUGCCAUGACUUUUGGCAUCUCCCGAGACGAGGGAGCAUUCGAGUGGUCAGGCACCUCGCUCCCGUCCAUCUUUGCUCAACGUCGAAACCUUCUCCGCCUCUCCCAUUGGCGUAUGAUUUUCGACAUUAUCCGCUUCAACCAGUUCGCUCUCGAUCUUCUCCAGGAUGACGCUGGUGUCGACCUUGACCUUAGCAUCGGAGAGUAUCUAGAUCGCGAGGGAUAUUCCGACAGCUUCAGAGAUGACUACUUGAUUCCUAUGACUGCCUGCGUAUGGAGCACCGGUGCCGAUAAAUGCGCUCUGGAGUUCCCUGCUCUGACCUUGAUUCGCUUCCUCUGGAACCAUCAUCUCCUUAGCACCAUCAGCGUACGACCGCCAUGGUUGACGGUAAAAGAUGGCGCCCGGUCCUACAUCAAUGCAGUCAUGCGGCACUUCCCAUCCGACAGGAUUCAUCUGUCGGCUGCUGUCAAGAGCGUUGCGAACGAGGAUGGCAAGGUGGUUAUCGAGCUCCCAAACGGCCAACGAGACAUCUUCGACGACGUUAUUCUAGCAUGCCACGGCGACCAGGCCAGAAGCAUAAUCUCCGCGUCCGCCACAACCGAGGAAAAAGAGAUCAUGAGCGCCUUCCACACAAGCCCCAACACCGUCUUCUUGCACUCAGACCUGGCACUCAUGCCCCGUCGUGAGGCUGCCUGGUCGUCCUGGAACUACCUCACGACAAGCUCUCCGACGGCACUGAGACCCAAGGUGUCUAAUCCAUCAGCCCCCAAAGGUUCCUCGUCAGGCGCGCUAAGCACAGUGUCUCUAACGUACAACAUGAACAUUUUGCAGCACAUUCCUGUAUCAGAGUACGGCCACGUGCUUGUCACCAUGAACCCGCCGCACAUGCCAAGGCCUGAGCUUACGCAGGCAGCUAUUCAAUAUGCGCACCCGCUGUACACUGCCGCAGUAGUAAAAUCCCAGGAGCUGCUUCCUACAAUUCAAGGCACGAGGGGCAUCUGGUAUGCUGGUGCCUGGACUGGCUAUGGUUUCCAUGAGGACGGAUUUGUAUCUGGAAUAAGAGUGGCUUGUGAGGGUCUGGGUGGCGAUGUGCCAUGGAAGAGGGUCGAGACGAAGUUCAUUAGAGGCAAUAAGCCUCAUUUCACAAUGAAGGAUUACAUAGUCCGCAUCCUCGUUGCUAUCCUCUUGAUAUGGAUUAGAUUGGUGGAGAAUGCGGUGGCAUUGGUCGGAACCUGGUGGGGUAGCACAAGGAAGGGCAAGGUUGCAUGA